CUCCCGGCGGGGCCCUGCCUCCCUCCGCUGACGGCCGAGGGGAGGAGGACGAGGAGGAGGAGGGAGGAGGGAAGAAACUCUCCGCUGUCGCCUCACUCAGCCCCGGGUUCCUCCGAUACAAUCUGCAAUGAAUAAGCGGAAGUUAAAGGAGAGCAGUGGGGCAGAUGGGGAAUGCAUCUCACAGGUGCAAAAAAUGCUGCGUGAAAGACUGUGUCACCAUCGUGCGAUGGGAAAAUUGUUUGGGAUGGAUCAGCAGUACAAGCAUCUCCUGGAAAUGCUGAAGCAAACUACAGUUCAUGGAGAAAGUAACUCUGCCCUCAUUAUUGGACCCCGUGGAUCAGGAAAGACUGCGUUAUUGAAUCGCGUCUUAAAAGACCUCAGAGAAAUGAAGCAAGUUAGAGAGAACCUCUUGGAAGUUCAUCUGAAUGGGCUUUUGCAGACAAAUGAUAAAGUGGCCUUGAAGGAGAUCACCAGGCAGCUGCAGCUGGAAAAUGUGGUUGGGGAUAAAGUUUUUGGCAGUUUUGCAGAAAAUCUUGCAUUCCUUCUUGAAGCUUUGAGGAAAGGAGACAGGACCAGCAGCUGCCCGGUCCUGUUUGUGCUGGAUGAAUUUGACUUGUUUGUGCAUCACAAGAAUCAGACGCUGCUGUACAACCUGUUCGAUAUAUCCCAGUCAGCACAGACUCCAGUAACCGUUAUUGGACUCACAUGCAGGCAGGAUAUUCUGGAGCUCUUGGAGAAGAGAGUGAAAUCAAGGUUCUCUCACCGACGGAUCUAUUUGAAGAAUUCCAUUCCUUUUAAGCAGUACAUCAGGAUAUUCAAGGAGCAGCUUUCUCUUCCUGCUGAAUUUCCUGACAAGGCUUUUGCACAGAAAUGGAAUAGCAACGUUCAGCUUCUGUCAGAAGACAAAACUGUGAAAGAUGUAUUGCAGAACCUUUUCCACUACAGCAAAGAUCUGCGUUCGCUCCAUUUCCUGCUGAUGCUUGCUGUAAGUAAUGUUACUGUUUGUCACCCUCUCAUCACCGCAUCAGAUCUUCAGGAGGCAAGCAAGCAGUACAGGAUGGACUCGAAAGCAAAUAUUGUCCAUGGUUUGUCUGUCCUGGAAAUCUGCCUGAUUAUAGCAAUGAAACACUUAAAUGAUGUUUAUGAAGGAGAGCCCUUUAACUUCCAGAUGGUGUACAAUGAGUUCCAGAAGUUCAUCCAGAGGAAGGCACCCUGCAUGUACAACUUCGAAAAGCCCGUUGUGAUGAAGGCAUUUGAACACUUACUGCAGCUGGAAUUAGUAAAGCCCAUGGAAAGACCGUCGGUGCGUUCUCAGCGGGAAUAUCUCUUAAUGGAGCUGCUGCUGGACAACAAUCAAAUCAUGGAUGCUUUGCAGGCCUAUCCCAACUGCCCCACAGACGUCAAGCAGUGGGCAGCGUCGUCGCUGAGUUGGCUGUGAACGCCUGGAACCUCCCAGUGGGACAUUGGAGGUAACUGUAGGCUCCGCGGGAUGUAACACCCAUAUUGUGGGGGUCAAAUGAAUAAAGGUUUGCAAGAAGGUUU